AUGUCAGCUCAUGUGUACUGUGAGGAGAUCUACGUGGCGCUGAAAGACGAUGUUCGUGAAAAUGGGCCAGCGUUUAACGUGGCAGAUGAAGACGAACCGAUCACAUGGGCAACCGUGUGGCCGGGUAUUUGUCGCCAGUUCAGCUUGGUGGGAGUUGGUCCUCGUGACGGUGACCAGCACCAGCAGUCGAUGGAGAAAUUUGUCAAGGCGAACCGUUCUUCAUGGAAUGCUGUUUGCGAGGAGUUCUCGCUCCGCAAGGACUCCAUUUAUGUUCAGGGUUGGGCGCACACUCACCUUAUGCUGGUUGAUUUUGAUUUUGAUCGUUGGUAUGAUUUGUCGCGUGCGCGGGCGGUGGGGUUCACCGAGUUCAUUGACACUGUUGAGGCGUAUAGGAUUGCGUUUGAGCGGCUGGCCGCUGCUGGUGUUAUCCCUAGUGAGUACCUCGAAUGA